UUGAAAUUACAUGCAAUUUACCGGAAUGUCUUUGUAUUCUCAAGAGGGGCGAGGGUCAAACCAACAUCAUGUAUACUUUCGCCGUCAGUUUCCUAACAGCACACGCAGGUUAUACACGCGUAGGCAAUUAAUUUCGUAACCCAUACACAGACGACUUUUAGGCUUUUAUUUCAAGAAUUUUGGAUGUUUUAAUUUUGAUAUAAAUGUGAAUUAAAAAUGGUGACUAACGCUCAGUGGUUGUUGGUGAUUGGAAUAACCGCAUUGCAAUUUUCCGUAUCGAAAACUCAGCGGGAGAACCUUGUUGGCGAUGAUCGUGAGAAACCUCAAACCGCUCGCGAUGUCUUCAAUACAACUUCGUGUAUUCCUCCUCCGUAUAGAUGUCCCCACCCGAGAAUGCAGUUUUUCUUAUAUACAAGAACCACUCAGGAAAAAGGCGAACUGAUCAACACUCUCGAUAACGACUCACUAAAAUAUUCUAAAUUCAAUCCUAAGCACCCGACGAAAAUCGUAGUCCAUGGAUUUGGUGGAGGCAGGAAUCUAUCACCGAGCACUGAUAUGAGAAACGCAUAUUUCAAAAGAGGGAAUUACAAUAUAUUUAUUGUUGAUUACGGGACCUUAGUUAAGGAGCCUUGUCUUGGUCAGAUAGAAUGGGCUCCGCGGUUUGCAAGUCUCUGCAUUGCACAGUUAGUAGAAUAUGUGCAGUACCACCCAAGUAAAGGAAUUCCUCCGGAGAAAAUUCAUACUAUAGGAUACAGUGUUGGUGCCCACAUUCUAGGCCUUGUAGCUAACCACAUAACAGAAGGAAAACUAGGAAGGAUCACAGGUUUAGACCCAACAAUAUUUUUCUACAUGGGAAAUAAUCGUUCGCGAGAUUUAGAUUAUACUGACGCUGAAUUUGUGGAUAUUUUUCACACUGGUGCAGGCAUUCUUGGUCAAUGGGGUCCAAAUGGACAUGCCGACUUUUAUGUCAACGGAGGGUCCAGCCAGCCUGGCUGUGCUCAUGAUACUAUUUUUCAAACCUUAUCAUGUGACCAUACUAAAGUAACACCGUACUUCAUAGAGUCAAUCAAUAGCCGUACUGGUUUCUGGGCUGGACCAUGUCCCAGUCUUUUUUCCUACCUCAUUGGCUGGUGCGAGCCAAAAGACACUGAGUAUGUACUGAUGGGUGAACAUGUUACGCAUAAAGCACGCGGUGUGUACUACGUCACGACGAAUGCAAAGCCACCUUAUGCCAGAGGAUUCCCCGGAAAAGGCCGAAGAGUCAGAUCUUUAAUACCAUAUAGAUAACUGUGAUACUAAUAUUAACUUAACUUGCCUCUAACUCAGAGUUACCUUUUGUACCUACCUCAAAAUUGUUACAAAGUGUGCUUCGGUGUAAUUUUUAUAGUUUAUGUUAAAUUACCGUUUUUAUAUUGUCAAAACUGUUUUGUCAUAAGCGCCAUCUCGUGUUAGUUUUGAAAAAGUAGCGGAGUCGCAAGCUGGGAAAUUAAUAACUUUAUUUAUGUAAAUCAUAGAUGGCGUUAAAUUCAAAAAAUUAAUAUGCAUUUCAUAGAAUCAGUCUUGGUUCCAAGUCGCACGUUUUAGAAGUUAUUGGUAGCGUUGAUGAACCCAUAAAAUUAUUUUGCACAAUUUGUAGGAUUAGCCAAAUCAUGAAGUGAUAAAUUCUUCAAUAAGCCAACCACAUAUUAAUAACUGAAAUUUAUAGUCAUGUAUAAUUUUCAUAUAGACUUAUGUUUUUCCUAUUUAUUUUGGCAUAGUUAAAUAUGUUUCAUUUUGAUCAACUUCAACUUCAAAAACGCGGAGACUUGUGUACUGUGAUUUGUUGUACUCUUAACAAAACUAAUUACUUGAUGCAAAUAAACAAGCUAUAAUUUUAUUAACCUCUUUAUUCAUAUUAAUUAAAUUUGAUAAUAUAAAAAUUAUCUUAUGGCUCUUUCUAUCAAAUUGAACUAAUGACGUGCUGAAGAGAAACGUAUAGUUAGAAUAGUUAAUUUGUUUAAAUUAUUCUUUACACUAAGUGGGCUCAAUUUGUUUAUAAGGU